UGAUAACAAAUAAAGGGAAAAAAAAAAGAAACUGAAAAAAAGCACAAAGGGUUUUUGGAAGCAAAGCAGAGCGAAGAAAACCCUUCACUGUUAUUCACUCUGUUUUCGCCAAUGAAGUUCCUCUUUCGAUUCAUUUCCGGUCCCAACAGGACUCUGCUUCGUUCACUGGGUCGCCGCCAGUUUUCGGAUUUAACUGGAACAAAAGCCAAACGAAACUAUGCUGACAAUGUCUCUGAGUACAACACUGUCCUCGCUUCUCUCAAUGCCAAACGAAGGCAUUUUUUGUUGAGGGAUGUUUUUGAUGAUAUGAUGCUGGAUGGGGUGCAGCCAACUAGAGAUACUUUUGAAGCUUUGAUUAUGGGAACCAUGAGAGGGUCACGCCUGCAAGAUGCUCUCUUUUUCAGAGAUGAAAUGAAGGCCAUGGGAUUAGUCCCUGAGGUCUCUUUGUACAACUUUUUGAUCUCAACCUGUGGGAAAUGCAAGAAUGCUAACCUCGCAAUUCAGAUUCUGGAAGAAAUGAAGAGAUACAAUGUGAAGCCAAAUGGACAAACUUAUGUUUGUCUUAUUAAUGCAUGUGCAGCAGCUGGACGACUAGAUCAAGUGUUAGCAAUAGUCCGUGAUAUGACUGCUGCUGGCGGUGAAUUGAACAAGUUCUGCUAUGCCGGACUUAUUAUUGCACAUAUGAACAAGACACCUCGAUCAGAUGAUGUAGCAGCCAAAAUUAUUGAGUUAGCUGAGCAGUCAAAAGGUUGGUCAUCUGUUGAAGAAAGUGGAAAUACUGGAAAUACAAUGCUUGGUAUUUCUGAGGAAGAGUUGUACAACUUACCUACUGCUGAAUUUGUUCAUAGGCGCUUUUUCAUAUACAGGCAGUUUACCGUAUACCAUGUUGCAUUUCACGCUUGUGCAGACCUUAAGAAUGUAGAGGCAACCGAAACUUUACUGGAGAUGCUCAAGAAGGAUGGAAAAGUUCCUGACACCUUUAUUACCAUGCAAAUUAUGAGAUGCUAUCUGCAUGCUGGAAACAUUGACCAUGCUGUUCAAAUUUUUGAGGACUACAUGAAUGGAGGAAAGCCUCCGGCUAUGGAACUUUAUGCAACACUCAUUGAAGGAGCCAUGGUCGGAUAUACUCCGAGAGGAAUGGAACUUGCUCAAGAAACACUGGUCAAUAUGACUAAAAGAAACUUCUUCUUGAACUCUAAAUUCGGAAGUGAUCUCCUUCUUAUAGCCGCGGGCGAGAAGACCGGUGGAUAUACGAAUGCAAACUAUAUAUGGGACCUGAUGCAGGCUCGAAAAAUUGUUCCAUCUCUUCCUGCAGUAGAAGCUUACUACAGUGGCCUAAAAGGACGCGAAAUACCAGAAGAUGACCCAAGACUGCAAUUAGUUACUCGAACCUUAAACAACCUGCGUGCCAGAUUCGGACCCUCACUUGGGCGACCGUGAUAGAAUGAAGAGGAAAAUAUGUUUUUAAAGUAACCCAUGGCCUUGGGUUUGAUUUUCCUCCAAGUAAUAUUGCCUUUGCUGGAGUAGAACAUGAGCCAAAAUCUUCUGUAUUCGUCUAACUCUAUUUUAUUUCUUGACUGAUUCAGUUGAUGUUUCAAUUUUUCCCGAAUAAUAUUUUGAUCAUCAAACUACUAAUGAAUACAUAUAUAAAAAAAUUUAUUGUAGUA